ACGACUUCUGAAUGAUCCGAAAUAGUGAAAAUUUGAAAGAAAGAAAUAAUGGCUGCACGUGGCGAUUUUCGUCUAUAUUGUUUACUAUUUUUAUUUAUUUACCUCUUAAGCAUCGUUUCUGGACGUAUGUCUAAGAAACUGUACCCUCCAAUGAAAGAGGACAUACCUUUUAUAAAAUGUGACGUCUGUCAGAAAGCUGUGAAGUAUUUGUUUAGAAAAGCAAAAUCCAUGAGGGAGGACACUACAAAGGUUGUAUCAUAUAAAAUAUAGCUUCUUCUGAGCCUCUAGGGCUCAGGGUUAGGGUUUAGAAAAAAAUCUAACCCUAACCACCAAGGGAUCGUUCAGUUUUUGGGUGAUGGGGGCAUGGGUGACAAACUGGGGCACCAGAGGGGGGGGGGGAUUCUUGUAACCUAAAUCCUGAGGGAACCUGGAGAUGACAUAUCUAAAUAUUCCAUAAUAUUAUUAAACCAUCUUUCUAUUUAUCAAUGUAAAAUGCAUUUAAUCAUCUCUGAUGGGGAGAGCCUGUGUAUAGCCGUAAAUUCUCCCGUAAUUAACGUUGCUAAUUACGGGAGAAUUUACGGCUUUACACAGGCUCUCGGGGAGAGGGGGGACCUUAAAUUUGAUUCUUAAAGGAAGUGGGGAAUUGAAAAUCUAAGUUUGGCUAAAGAAUAAAAGGUGUCCAGAAAAUAUAUUUCAAAAUUUUCAAAAAUCACCCAUACCAUGGUUAAUGACCAUGCCUCUCCAUCUUAUAAAUAAUGAACAGUUCCUAUAGAGAUAUAUGCAGAGGAGGCUACUACCCACUAGUUAUAAAUUAGGGACUCUGAUUUUAGUACUGUACUGUAGCCUUAUACUUGCUAAAAUUUAAAACACAUUUUAUGAUUUUGUAAACUAAAUAAAUGGUUCAAAAUAUUCUCUAGAUUGGAGAGGAGAAAUUACAAGAUUUAGUUGACAAGGCUUGCAAUCCUGAAAAAUUUGAAGGUGAAUGGCUUGCUAAGUUAGACAUUGAAGAAAAAAAGGGUGAACUACAAUUAUCUGAGCAAGAGGAUCUCGGAUCGUGCAAAGCUGAGUGUAGGACUGUUGCAAAAGCUUGUGAUGACACUGUUGGUGAUGCGGACACUGACAUUGCUGAAGAAUUAUGGAAGAAUGAACUAACAUUGUCACAAUUAAUCAAUGAAGUUUGUUAUUCUGACACAAACGCUUGCAGCAAGACGAAAAUUAACUUUAAGAGUGGCAGUAGGAAGGAUGAAAAAUUUCAAGUCAUGUCUGAUGAAGAAAAACAAGCACAAGAAUAUCUCAAGAAGGCAAGGUACUAAUGGCAGGACACACUGCUGUAAACACGCUGCAUUGUUCUGAAACAGUGUUGUAACGAUUCACCAACAGGGUCGAGUCGCGAGUUGAGUCAUUUCACUACAGUAUCUGGUUGAGUCGAGUCAACAACUGCACUCGAGUAAAUUCUGAGUCAAUGGCUACACAAAUUGUAUGGUGAACAAAAAGCCUUAAUAAAAAAUUUCUCCCCAAGUCAAAACAUGCCUAUUGCAUCGAGAAUUACUUUUUAUUUCAUCACCCCUUUCACAACUCUUCCAGGGGAUUUUUUAGGGCCAUAAAACGGCCCCAAAAACUCGAUCUUGAAUUGAGUUUUGAAACUCAAUCUUCUCACCAAAGUUUCAGUGCAGUAAAAAUGAAGUUGUUUGAGUUAAAUUCGUGAUGUGUGGAAAUUAGUGGCAGCCUGAUAAUUGAGAAAAAAUGACUGGACUUCAUCUCACAACACAAGAAAAACAAUGCAUUCGCCAUCUUUAACCAGUUUAUAAUGUCCCUUAGUGCCCCUGCUUUAACACUUCGCAUCUCAACUAUAUUUAUUGAGUACAGGUGUCAGGGGGGGGGGGGUGCAGCCACCCCAGCUCUUCAGCUAAACUCACUCUUCUCUGCAAAAACGGAACCCAAGAGAAAAUCCUGAAAAAAACCCUGCUCUUCCCAACCUAUUCAAUUGCAAUAUUUUUUAUUAAUUUAUCCUGAACAAGUUCUGGCUGAGUUCACUUUCAAGAGUCAAUCAUUUAAGUUGAAUCCAAGUCGAGUGGAUUCAACUUAACUUAAAUGGUCUUUAACAUGGAAACGAGGCUAUUGCAUAAACAAUAAUUAGUAAGGUUAUUGGGGCUGUUUCUGGGGGACAUUACCCCGUGCACCCUAGUCAUAAAAUCGCUGCCCAUUCCCUGCAGUUCAACAAACUGUACGUUUUAUUUCAUGUAUUUGUAGUGACAUGCCGGGAAUGCCGAACAUGCAGAUGUACUCUCGCGAGGAAAUGAUGGAAGAAAUGUCCAAACAACAAGGAUCGCAGUCUGAAGAUGAACCCGAAUCAGAUAGUUCAGAAUAUACAACACAUCCUGGGGGAGACCUUUCAAUAUGGGAUGCAAUUGUUCAACUGUUCAAAGAUAUUUGGAACUGGAUAAGAGAUUUGUUAGGAAUAAGAGAGAAAGCUUCAGGGGAAUUGUAGGAGUGUAUCGAAGUUUAACCAGCUUGGUUGAGCUCAUUAGGGGGUUGGAAUGCCAGACAACAAAAAGUGAAUUCUCUGCAACUGCAAACAUUUUGCAUGCCCACAGAGUCGCAUUUCAACUUGUUGUUUUGAACAUCAAAAUUAAAAUGUUUACAUCUACAAUGGACGAGUAUGAUUUCUUUGUUGCUGUUAAAAGUUUGCAUGCCCACAGAGUUACAUUUGAACAUCAAAUUGAUUUUGUUUAUAUGAUGGACAUCACAGUGAAUGAGUAUGUUUUUUUUUGUUAUUUUUACAGCAGACAAUAAAAUUCGAGGUGUUGUGUGAUUGUUUUGUUUUUAAAUAGAAUUGCCUCAGCAUUUUUUCUUACUGGGAACAGGUUAUUGCAGUAGAAUAGU